UUACCGCCAGCCAUGGCGACAGCCCCGCCGCCGCCCGACGCCGUCGCCUUCUCCCCUGACGGAGAGCUAUUCGCUGCCGUAGCCGACCGGCAGGUCCAGGUAUGGAGUACAACAGGAGGAAAAAAGAUAGUAGAAUGGACUGAUCCAGUUGCAGCCCAAGAUGAUUCAUACAGUUGCAUUGCCUGCAGCUCUGUUCAGAAGAAGCAGAAAAAGGAUGGCAACCUUAUUGUUGCUGCUGUUGGCACUGCAAAUGGCGAGGUUUUAGCUCUUGAUUCUACUGGUGUUAUAUGGAGAAGUGUUUUUCACACUGGCAAGGUAAUUUCUCUUCACUUUGCAAAACAAGGGCGUGUUCUUUAUACUGCCAGCAUGGAUGGAGUUAUAUGUGAAUUGGAUACUCGUACUGGAAAACCCAAAGACACAUUUAAAGCUUCGAAGAAGUCAAUUAAUCAUUUGACAAUUUCUCAUGAUGCGAAGUUCAUGGGUGUCUCAGGUAAGACAACAAAAUUAUUUAGUGUGAAGGACAAGAAGGAGAUCUUGAAGAUUCCUUCUGAAGAUGGCCCUAUCCAGAUGAUAUCUGUGUCUGAUGAUGCACGGAUUUCAGUUUCUUGUAAUGAUAAAAAUAAAGAAGUCCAAGUCUGGUCUUGUGAUCAUCAUAAUGGCACUAUCGGUUCUACAGCCUCCCUUGUCAUGCAUACUCAGCCAAAGGCUGUAGAAUGUAAAAGGAGCGCAUUAUAUGAAACCGGAGGAAUUGUUCUUGCAGUAUCGAAGAAAGGUGUUGCUUAUGUGUGGCAUUUACAGACCAUCUCCCAAGAUGAAAAAGUGCCCACCAAAAUCUCAGUAAAAAAUUCACCUGAUAAAAAGGGCCGCAUCCCAAUUAUCUUAGCUAAAUUAUGUGAUGUCAAAGAAGACAAUACAGUUAAGAUUCAUGUUGCGUUUGGGUCACCAGGCUGUUUACAGUUCAAGGUUGUAGUAUUGGGUGAGAAUUGCGGGGACAUCAAUUUGGUUGCGGAAUCUGAUGCAUUCACUUCGGAAAAAACGAAUUUGGAGCAAGAUGCUAAAGGAAAUAGCAGGAUGGCUGGUGAACAAGAUCAACAGGAGAAUACAAACCCAACUGAUCAAGGAAGAUCAAAGAAAAGGACAGCAUCUGUUCUGGAUUCUACUAAUGACACAGUCAAGGAGGGGAAUCCAGAGUAUAAUCUUGACGAACCAACUAUGGAGCAGAAACUUGAAAGUCUAAAUUUGCUCAACAAGUCUGAAUUCAUUGAAGAGCAACCAGUCUCUCUAGUACCGCCGAGUGCAGAUUCAGUCCAUAUUUUGCUGAAGCAAGCUUUACGCGCUGAUGAUCAUGCCGAAUUGCUGAAAUGCUUGUACAAUAGAGAUGAAAAGGUCAUUGUGAAGUCAAUAUCACUCCUAACACCAGCAGAUGCCCUGAAGCUUCUCAAGUUUUUCGUGUCAUUGAUACAAUCUAGGGGUGCAAAACUGGUUUGUUUGCUUCCGUGGCUACAAACUUUACUUAGCCGGCACAUGAGCAGCAUAGUUUCUCAGGAGUCUUCUUUGCUGUUGCUCAAUUCUCUCUAUCAGCUUAUUGAUGCAAGAACAUCGACCUUCAAAUCAGCACUUCAACUCUCUACCACCCUAGAUUACCGUUUCAGUGAGAUUGCUGAUGAAGAAACUGACGAGGAAGAGGCGAUUGCACCAAUUAUCUUCGAGGACAAGGACACAGACGACGAAGAAGAAUCUGAUGGUGAUGCUAUGGAAACCGAUGGGGAGAGCGAAGAGCUGGGUGAUGUAACUGAUGCCUUUGAGCAUUCUGAUGGUAGUGAGAUCAUGAGCGACUGACUGACUUGUACACUCUUCUAGGACUGAGCGCUCAAUCGUCCUUAUAUGACCAUGCUAGAAUAUCAUCCGUAAGAG